AUGGCGCUCAGUCAUCGCUCGGACGAGAGUCCAGAAAUCCCAUCCCCACUCCCGCAAUCGGUUGGAUAUGGCGUCGUCGUGGCAGCUGGACUUGCUUUUGCUUUUGGCAUGAUCGGAGUGACGGCUAUUUUGAAGAAGACUCUCCACGAAGACAACUCCAAAGCCGAGACGUUUAUGGUUGCCAACCGUCGAGUCCGAACCGGCCUUGUCGCAUCGGCUGUUGUAUCUUCCUGGCUCUGGAGCACAGCACUGCUCAGUUGUGUCUUUGUAACCUAUAGCUAUGGUAUAAGCGGUGCCUUUUGGUAUGGUGCGGGAUGCUCGACUAUCAUCGUUUUCUUCGGGUACCUCGGUGUCGUGUGCAAGAGCCGAAUUCCUGAAGCGCACACGAUCCUGGAAGUCAUUCGGAUUCGAUAUGGCACCGUGGCUCAUCUCAGUUUCACCUUUCUGGCGGUGGUCAACAACCUCCUCAACACCAUCAACAUGAUUCUAGGUGCAUCUGCUGCCAUUUCGUUUCUAACCGGAAUGCACAUCAUGGCUUCAACUUUCUUGCUGCCGCUUGGCGUGGUUCUGUAUACACUUGUUGGAGGCAUUAAAGCUACGUUCUUGACUGAUUACAUCCAUACCUUCAUCAUCCUCAUUCUGUGCUGCUGGCUCACAGCGAAGGUCAUCGCCUCAGAAUACGUGGGAUCGAUCGGUGGCCUUUACGAUCUUGUUGUUGCUGCACAAGAGGCACAUGUCAUUGAAGGAAACUACAAAGGCUCCCUUCUCACCAUGACAUCCCAGCAAGGCAUCUUCUUCGCCAUCAUUCUUCUCGUCUCCAACUUUGGAGCAGUAGUCAUGGAUACGGGCUACUUUUUGAAGGCGUUUGCUGCAUCGCCUAAGGCUGUUGUGCCUGGAUACGUCGUUGGAGGCAUCUCAUACUUCAGCGUUCCCUGGUGUCUUGGAACAGUGGUCGGGAUGGCUUCGCUUGGGCUUGAAGCCUUGCCCAUUUUCCCGACAUACCCGAGGGCCAUGACAGCCGCCGAAGUAACGAAUGGUCUUGCUUUGCCUUAUGUUGCGGUCGCCGUCGCUGGUAAAGGAGGUGCCGUUGCAGUUCUCCUGAUGACAUUCAUGGCUGUCACAUCCACAUUGUCCGCACAAAUCAUCGCCGUCUCUUCGAUCUUGACUUUCGACAUAUACCGUGUUUACUUUAACAGAGAGUCUAGCAACGAGCAGGUGAUCCGCUGGGGGCACAUCGGAGUCAUUCUAUUUGGUGUCGUGGCCGCUGCCUUUACGGCCAUGUUUCACUACAUCGGUGUUGAUAUGGGGUGGACUCUCUACAUGCUGGGUGUUCUCACGUGCCCUGGUGUCAUACCCGUCAUCUUUACCAUCAUCUGGCGCAAACAAAGCAAGAUUGCUGUCAUCACUUCUGCCUUCUUAGGCAUGGGAACAGGCCUCGGAGUUUGGCUCGGCACUGCGUACGCCUUCUCUGGAGAGGUAUCAGUUGCAUCAACCGGAGGAACUCUGCCCUGCAUGUACGGCACGGUUGCCUCACUGUUCAGUCCCAUGCUGUAUAGCAUCAUCAUCUCGCUGAUCCGCCCCGAUAACUACGACUGGAACGACUUCAAAGAGGAGAAGCUAGUCAUUGACUCGGACGAGAAUGAGCAGCAGCAAUCCUCCCAAGACAAGUCAGUUACGAGCAGCAGCACGAUUGAGAUUCCACAGGAUGAUACCCAACGUCGAUGGGCAAGGUAUGCUCUUUGGUGGGCUAUUGCUACGUUCCUCGGUCAUUGGGUUCUCUGGCCACUUCCCAUGUAUGCUGCGAAUUACGUCUUCAGCAAAACAUUCUUCACUGCGUGGACCGUCGUGUCUCUCAUAUGGCUGUGGUGGACAUUGCUUGCAGUGGGAUUUUAUCCAAUCUGGGAUGGUCGCGAGCAGAUUAAGACUGUUCUGCGCAAUAUCUGGAAGCUCUGGCGCUCCUAG